AUGGCUGAAGCAACUGGUGGUUGCUGCCCCAUAUUUCGUAAAGGAGGACCCAAAAAACUAGACGGACCUGUGCAGACAGGUCUGCCAGGACAGUCGGGAUCAACCCACGGUCCUAUGUAUCCAGCAGAAUUCCAUGGAGGCUCAUCAGCCAACGUUCCGGUGAGCCCAGCCCGAUUCCAGGGAGACUUUUCAGCCCACGGUCCUGUGAGCCCAGCAGCAUUCCAUGGAGGUCCACCACAACCCGGAACUAUGGCUCCAGGAGGUUACCCCGGAAACCAUGGAAUCAACGGAAACGAAGGAUUGCAAGCAAAUCAAGCGUAUAUGGCAGCGCCACAACACCAUGCUCAACAAGUAAUCCCCGGUUAUGGGUUGCCGCCAGGAUACCCAAUGAACCAAAAUCAUUUAGCUUCAACUGCACACCUAGGACACCAAGGAUCACCAAAUCAAAACAGUCCAAAAACCCAUGAUGGAUACACGUUGCAAGUGGGCACGAAAACAUUAGACGAAUACCAUCCAGAGAGUCCAAGCGGAUUCUUCGGAUAUAAGAAAUAA